ACACUGUUAAAUCUAUACUGUAUGGUAGUUGGCAUUGUGCCCUCCUCCCCCUCUGUCCUCCUCUGUCCUCCUCUGUUCACCCGAGAGGUGAGACUCAGCCGUUCCUCUCAUUUUGGCAGGAAACAAAGCCAGAGACACAUCGAGGUCUUGUCAGCAGUUUUUAGUUUGUGAAGAUUGAAAGACGCCAAUAUGUCUGAUGGGAAGAAGAUGUCAUCCAGCCGCAGGCAUCACCUGAAGAGUUUGAUGCUGCAGAUCGCUGCCAGCUGGAUUGAGCAGGAGAAGAAGGAGAUCGAGGAGGUGAAGGAGGCCUACAUGGCUGAGAACUGCCCUCCCCCUGACCUGAGUGGGGACCAGGCUGCUCUCAUGGAAAUUUGUAAAAAGAUCUACCAGGCCAUCGACAAGAUCGACGAUGUCAGAUACGAUGUCGAGGCUAAGGUUCAGAAAGCUGACAAGGAGAUCGAGGAUCUGAAGAUGAAGGUGGUUGAGCUGGCCGGGGUGAAGAAGCCCGCCCUGAAGAAGGUCCGCAUGUCUGCUGACGCCAUGCUGCAGGCUCUGCUGGGAGGAAAACACAAGGUGACCAUGGACCUGAGGUCCAACCUGAAGCAGGUCAAGAAGGAGGUCAAAGAGGAGCCAACAGAAGCUGUCGGAGAUUGGCGUAAAAACAUCGAGGAUAAGGCCGACAGGAAGAAGAUGUUUGAAACUUCAUAAAACCCCUGUGGACUGGAGAGGACGACAGUUGGAGACACAUUUUCAUCCAAGGUCUGAGUGACUAACUUGGUCUCCUGAGGGACACACGUGAAGAAGAGUUUUGAUUUUUUGAUUAUUUUUUUUGGG